UUGUUUUUUUUAAUUUUAAGCUCUUUGCUCGGAUCUACAUCAUUUGUUUUUUUAUGUUUUGGGUUGAACAUCAAAGCAGCUCCUCAAUUUCCUCUCCUACCCGGCGACGAUGUCUAUCAACAGAAUCGCCAGAGCUUUACCCUUCUCGGGGCUCUUCAGGCAGCUUGAGAAAGAAGCUGAAACAGUGAUCAACGUUCUGCAACCUGGCCCCUUGGGGAUCAUAGAACACAAGUUCACUGCUCAAGAGAUUCGCGAGGCCAAAGCUACAGUGUGCAGAGCUGUCGAGAAUUGGCGUAGACACUCUCAGCUUGACCAUGCUAAUGGCGUUUUGAAUGAUUUCAUUUCUAAGUGAAGAAACUGAGAGUGUUUGUUUCCUUUGUUUUCAUGGCUGAUGGCAUAAAAGGCCUUUCCUUUCGUUGAACAGUCCUUAUAAGCGUCAAUGAAGAAACAAAUGUUUCUCUUUUUAAUUAUGAAUAAGCAUUGCUACUGA